AUGUUGUUCAAGUUAAUCUUAUGUGACAACAAUUGUGAAAAAUUAUUUGAAUUACUCGAUUCAUUUGGGGAGUCGAAUCGUCGUAAAGUUCAAUAUGUUUGGCCAUUACAAAUGAUGUUAUUAGUUUUAUGUCCAAUAAUUCUCGAAGAAUUAGUUUAUGCAUUAGAAAAAGGUGGUCCUUGUUCAGCUGAACAUUUACGUAAAAGAAAUUUUGUUGAUGCAUUAAAACGUCAACUACAUGCACAAGUAUUAGGUAAACAACAUUCAGCUGGUGGAACUGAAUCUGCAGCUGUUGUUACAUUUGUUAAAAUAUGUAAAGCAGCUACAUACAUUAAUAAUAAAGAUUCAAAUAAUGUUUUGUUUGUUAUGGUACAAUCAGUUAUUGGUGAUUUAAAACAAAUAUUAUUUAAUCCAUCGAAACCAUUUUCACGUGGUCAAGAUAAAAUUAAUUUUGAUUUAGAAUUAAUGAUUGAGUUUUUUCUGGCUUGUCUCAGAUUAAAUCCACAUAAUAAUGAAGUUCUAAAAGUUUGCUUAAAUUUAUCAUCACCAGCAAUGUUUCAUUAUGUAUUGGUGAAAGCACUCUAUAGAAUCAUAACACAAAAACGUUUAGCUUGGUGGCCACAAAUUGAUAUUGUUUAUUCACGUGCUGGAGAAUUACGAAAUAUGUUUACAGAUACAUUAAAUAAAGUUUCACAAUCAUCAACAUUUUCAACAACACCACUAAGAAUCUCAGGUAUCACAGGUGUUAGUACAUUGAAAGAUAUUUUAUUUAAUCCACAACAAUUACGUUCACAAUAUCCACAAGCAUUUAAAUCAAAAACAUCCGAUCGAUUAGCUUAUGACGAAGGGCCAAAUAAUCGUGAAUUACUUUUGUGGAUUGUACGUUUAAUUAUAGUUGAUCCAUAUUUAAUGUUACAUAAUCCAAAUAAACUCGAUCACGAGACUCAGAUGUCAACAUUUGAAUUAAUAAAUGGUCUUGUGUCUCUUGUACAUGAUACAUCAAUGAUGCCUGAUGUUGCUCAUACAGCUAUGGAAUCUUUAUUAGUUUUACAUGAAACACGAAAUAUUGAAUUGUGGAAUCCAGAAGCAUCAAUAAAUACAUUUUGGUCAAUAUCAAGUCAAGUACUUUUUUCUAUAUCACAAAAAUUAGUUUUGCAUCAAAUCUAUGAGUAUACAUCUGUACUACGGUGGUUACGAGAAAUUCUUAUUUUACGUAAUGCAUUUCUUUUACAUCACAAGGAUAAUGCUUAUCUUGGUUCAAAUAUUCCCAUGGCUAAACAUGCACAUACAAAACUUGAAAUUGUCUUUUUUAUUUAUCUAUGGUCAAUUGAUCCCGAAGCCGUUAAAAUUGCUAUGUCAUGUUUUGCUUUAUUCGCCUAUGAAGCUGAUAUUCGUUUUGGUUUUGAUGAAGCAGCUGUGUUAACACUUCUACCGAAUUACAAUAUUUAUAUGGAACUAUCAGCAGCAUCAACAACAUUUAUUACAACGGGAAGGAAUGCUUUACAGAAAAAAAUUCUUUCUCUAUUAAGACGUAUUGAAUAUGCAACACCAGGAAAUAAACAAGCUUGGUAUGAUACUUUUGUUAGUCAACAACAUUUAGCUAAAUUUUUGGCAAUUUAUCCGAAACGAGUUGAUGAUUUGGGUAGUACAGGAUCAACAGCUAGUUCACCAUCAGUUAGUGCAAGCGAAGCAAGUGGCUUUGUAGGUGGUGGUUAUGGAAAAUUUGGCAAAAGACGAACUGGAGUUCAUUCAAGUGAACAUGAUAUUGAAGAUGUUUUUCAUGAAUGGGCAAAUAUGACUGGAUUUUUAUGUGCACUAGGAAGUGUUUGGUUACCAGUCAAAAAUCGACCUGGUACACAUGGAAUUCCAGCUGAUACUCGACGUACAUCUAUGGAACCAGUUAGUUCCGAUCUUCAUUAUUGUCCUGUAACACAAUUUAUUGGUGACAGUUUAAAAUAUUUGGUUUGCCAAAAUGAAAAAUUUGGUAUUCAAAUUCAACGCCAUAUUCAAGAUUUACUUGGUCAUGAACUGAAUCCAUUAUGUUAUCCAAUACUAUUUGAUCAAAUUAAAAUUCAAGUUGACAAAUUCUUUGAUGCUAAUGGUCAAGUUAUAUGUUCAGAACAGAAUACUCAAUUUAUCGAUAAUGUUAUUGUUAUAAUGCGUUCUGUUUUUGAAAUGAAAGCUCAACAAGCUGUUCAAAAUGCAUUAGAAGGGCCAGCAACAACAACUGGCUCAUCAAAUACCUUAGGCGUUGUUCCAAAUAAUAAUACUGGAUCACCGUCAUCAGUCGUUAAUAGUUCAUCAAAUGAUCCAAAUUCAAGUUCAACUAGUGGAACUGGACGUAAUGGAUCGCAACAAACAAAUGAAAAUCUAUUGGCUAAUGUUAAUAGUUUAGAGCAGCUUGUUUUAAAUAUUGUUCGGUAUGCACGACAAUUAGAUACAAGUGUUGCUGCUGUGGCUAUUCGAAUACGUGUUUGUCAACUCGUCGAAUCAAUGAUGAAGAGGCGUGAUGAUUUAUCAUUUAGACAAGAAAUUAAAUUUCGAAAUAAACUUGUAGAAUAUUUAACUGACUGGAUUAUGGGAAAUUCGCAUCAAUUUAAUCAAGUUCAUGCAUUAGGUCAAUCAGCAGCUGGCGUUGGUGUUGGCAGUGGUGUCAAUGUAACAACAUCUCAAUUAGUUGUUGAUCAAUAUCAACAUUUAGCACGUGAAUUAGAUCAAGCAUCAAUGGAAGCUGUCGCUACAUUACUUCAUUCACUUCCAUUACAACCGGAAGAAAGUGAUCGAGGUGAUCUAAUGGAAGCUAAAUCACAAUUAUUUCUUAAAUAUUUCACUUUGUUUAUGAAUUUAUUAAAUGAUUGUGGUGAUGAUUUAAAUGAUGAUCAAAGUUCAUUAUCUGAUCAUCAGCAAACAAACAAUGAACGUCCAACAUCGAAUAUAACAAAUCAAACACAACAACAACAACAGCAGCAGCAGCAGCAGCAACAACAACAACAAUCACAAUUGAUCAAUCAAAUGCAACAGAAACAGCAAUCAUUAAGAAAUUCAACUAUUGUUGCCAUGUCAAAUUUACUUGCUGCAAAUAUUGAAAGUGGUCUUAUGAGAAGUAUUGCUUUGGGUUAUCAUCGUGAUCCACAAACUCGAGCAGCUUUUAUGGAAGUUUUAACAAAAAUUCUUCAACAAGGCACUGAAUUCGAUACUUUGGCUGAAACUGUUCUUGCUGAUCGAUUUGAAAGACUUGUCGAACUCGUUACUAUGAUUGGCGAUAAAGGAGAAUUACCGAUUGCUAUGGCACUAGCCAAUGUUGUGUCACCUCAGUAUAUGGACGAAUUAGCUCGUGUGUUCGUAACAAUAUUUGAUGCAAAACAUUUACUACAUCAAUUGUUAAUAAAUAUAUUUGCAAAAGAAGUUGAAAUGGCUGAUUGCUAUCAAACAAUAUUACGUGGAAAUGGUUUACCAACGAAAAUUAUGUCAUUUUGUUUUAAACUCUAUGGUUCACAUUACUUAUACAACUUAUUCGCACCAAUAUUAUCAAAAAUGAUUAUAGCUGAUUUGCGUUCAUAUGAAGUUGAUCCAUCACGCAUUGAACAACACGAGCAAUUAGAUGAAAACAGAAAAAACUUACGUUUAUUGGCACAUGAUGUUUUUCAAGCUAUUAUUGAUUCAUCUUCACAAUUUCCAAUUCAACUAAGAAUUUUAUGUUCAUGUCUAUAUCAAGUUGUUCAACAACGAUUUCCACAACAUCCAUUACAAGCUGUAUCAACUGUUAUAUUUCUUCGUUUUCUAAAUCCAGCUCUUGUUCUUCCGCAUGAGUUUGGUAUCGUCGAUGCUGAACCAUUACCGCGUAUAAAACGUGGUCUAACACUUGUAUCGAAAAUUCUACAAAAUAUAGCAAAUAAUCUAAUAUUUACAAAAGAAUUUCAUAUGCGUUGUUUCAAUGAUUAUCUUCGUUCGACAUUUGAUGCAGCAACAAAUUUUGUUUUAUCAAUAAGUGAACCAAUUAAUUUUACAGCAAUAAUUCCAUCGGAUGAAUGUCAACCAAUUGAAAAUAGUAUAUUAGAUUCAACAGCACCGUCACCAACAUAUCCAAUGUCUUAUAUAAGUGAUGCUAAUGUUUUAGCAUUGCAUCGACUUCUUUGGUAUCAUCAAGAAAAAAUUGGAGAUUACUUAUCAAGUGGAAGAGAUCAUAAAGCGAUUGGACGAAGACCUUUUGAUAAAAUGGCAACACUAUUGGCUUAUUUAGGGCCACCUGAUCAUAGACCAUUGGAUUCACAAUGGAUUUCAUAUGAUAUGACUGCAACCAAAUUCGAAGAACUUAUGGCCAAAACACAAAUGCAUGAAAGAGAAGAAUUCAAAUCAUUGAAAGCUCUCAAUAUAUUCUAUCAAGCUGGCUUUAGUAAACAAAAUAAUCCCGUAUUUUAUUACAUAGCUCGUCGUUUUAAAGUCAAUGAAAUGAAUUGUGAUCUAUUAAUUUAUCAUGUAUUAUUAACGUUAAAACCAUUUCAAGCAAAACCAUUCGAAUUAAUUGUUGAUUUUACUCAUACUUGUACCGACAAUCGCUUUAAAACUGACUAUUUAUCAAAAUGGUUUAUCUGUAUGCCUGACUGUUUCUAUUAUAAUCUUCAAGCGUGUUAUAUUUAUAAUUGUAAUUCAUGGGUACGUGAAUAUACAAAAUAUCAUGAUAGAAUUUUAUCAACAGUCAAAGGUUCAAGAAAAUUAAUAUUUCUUGAUCAUAUAUCACGUUUAAAUGAUUUUAUUGAAAUCGAUCAACAAAAGUUACCUGGACAUACAUUAUCACUUGAAGAAGAUCUUAGAGUAUUUAAUAAUGCAUUAAAAUUAUCUCAUAAAGAUACAAAAGUAGCCAUUAAAGUUGGCCCACAAGCUAUACAAGUAACAUCAAGUGAAAAAACCAAAGUUCUUGGACAUAGUGUUCUACUUAAUGAUGUUUAUUAUGCAUCAGAAAUUGAAGAAGUUUGUCUUGUUGAUGACAAUCAAUUUACAUUAACUAUCGCUAAUGAGACAGGACCAUUAUCAUUUAUUCAUAAUGAUUGUGAUAAUAUUGUUCAAGCUAUUAUUCACAUUCGAACAAGAUGGGAACUUGCUCAACCUGAUUCAAUACAAAUUCAUAAUAAAAUUCGUCCCAAAGAUGUUCCAGGAACAUUGUUAAAUAUUGCAUUAUUAAAUUUAGGUUCACUUGAUCCAUCAUUACGUUCUGCAGCUUAUAAUCUUUUGUGUGCAUUAACACAAACAUUUGAUUUACGUAUUGAAGGACAAUUACUUGAAUCAUCAGGUCUUUGUAUACCGUCAAAUAAUACAAUAUUUAUAAAAACAAUAUCAGAAAAAUUAGCAUUAAAAGAAGCACAUUUAACAUUAGAAUUUUUAGAAGAAUGUAUUGAAGGUUUUAGAAAUUCAACCAUUGAAUUAAAACAUCUUUGUUUGGAAUACAUGACAACAUGGUUACCGAAUUUAACAAGAUUUUGUAAACAAAAUGAUGAUAAUAAACGAGCAAAAGUCUCCAUGAUACUCGAUAAAUUAAUAACAUUAACAAUUGAAGAAGAUGAUAUGUAUCCAUCAAUACAAGCUAAAAUAUGGUCACAUAUUGGGCAAGUUAGUGAUCUAUUAGAUAUUGUUUUAGAUUGUUUUAUAAAACGAUCUGUACUUGGUGGUCUUGGAUCAUUACCAGCUGAAAUUUUAGCUGAUACAGCUGUUGCAUUAGCUAGUUCAAAUGCUUUAUUAUUUUCACGAAAAGUUAUUGGACGUUUGUGUCGUUUAAUUGAAAAAACAUGUUUGUCACCAACACCAACAUUGGAACAACAUUUAAUUUGGGAUGACAUUGCAAUUUUACUUCGUUAUUUAUUAAUGCUUUCAUUCAAUAAUUCACUUGAUGUUGCAUCGCAUUUACCAUUUUUAUUUCAUAUUGUAACAUUACUUGUAAGCACAGGUCCAUUAACAUUACGAGCAUCAACACAUGGCCUUGUUAUUAAUAUAUUACAUUCACUAUGUACAUGUUCUCAACCACAAUUUAGCGAUGAAACUCAACGUGUUUUACGUUUAUCGCUGGCCGAAUUUUCUUUGCCAAAAUUUUAUGCAUUAUUUGGUUUAUCAAAAGUCAAAUCUGCAAGUGUUAUUGCAUUUCGUACUGGUAUAAUACGACAACAACAACAACAACAACACUCAAGUCAAAUUUUACCACAAGAUAAACAACAACAACAACCGCAACAGCAACAGCAACCACAACAAAUUCUAACAGGACGUUCAAUGACAAUAACAAAUACUUAUUCACCAACAAUUGAACAAUCGGAAAGAAUGAGUUUAACAUCGCUUGAAACAAUAACCGAUACUUUAUUAGAAUUAAUGGAAGCUUGUAUGAAUGAUAUACCUGAUUGUGAAUGGUUAGCACAAUGGCAAGAAUUAGCUAAACGUUUUGCAUUUCAAUUCAAUCCUGCCUUACAACCGCGAGCUAUUAUUGUUUACGGUUGUAUAUCAAAAACAACAAGUGAUAGAGAAAUAAAAACAUUAUUACGUAUACUGGUCAAAGCUCUUGAAUCAUUUUCGGAUAUUGAUUUAAUUGAUUCAAUAAUAAUGUGUUUAACACGUUUAUUACCAUUAUUAUCACCUGAAUCAAAAAUACAUAAAUUUAUGUUUUGGAUAGCUCUAUCAAUUCUUCAAUUAGAAGAAACACAAUUAUAUGCAUCUGGUUUAGCUUUACUCGAACAAAAUCUUCAUACACUGGAUCAUAUGUUAAGUUUAUUUGAAAAUACAAGUGCACAUCAACAACAAACUCUAGAAAAAAUCAUGAUGGAUGCUAGAGAACCAUUAGAAUGGCAAUUUAAACAAUUAGACGCUAGUAUGGGCUUAUCAUUUAAAUCAAAUUUUAAUUUUGCACUUGUUGGACAUCUUAUCAAAGGUAAAAAAAAGUGA